CCAUUGGUCCGCGCCGACGGAAGUACACUUGACUGAGCGGAAGUAGAGGAUCUCAGACGCUAGGAAGGUGAAGACGAGAGAAGCUGUGAAGUUAGCUUCAGCUUCACGCCCCUCACUGAUUCACCAUGGGGGAGAAUUCAGAAAACUGUAAGGUUCCAGAGGAAAUGUUCAAUCGUUUGAAAGUCAUAGAUCCCCAGGAGGCAGAAUGUGCUAGCCCUCUGGUUUCUAAUCCCAGAGAUCAGCAGUCCCAGAACAAGUUGCUCAAGGAUGUUGGGGUCCAUCCCCAGGAGGACCAGGGAAAAGAGGAGUCCUUUCAUGACCACAGCGCCUCAUUUGAGGAGGAGCCAGGAGUGGACAAGGUUGAGAACAAACCUGAUGAUGAUGUGAAUGCCUCUGAACUAGAUGAAGAGUAUCUAAUAGAACUGGAAAAAAACAUGCCUGAUGAAGAGAAACAGAAAAGAAGAGAAGAGAGCACUAGACUAAAGGAGGAGGGAAACGUACAGUUUAAGAAAGGAGAUUAUGUAGCAGCUGAAAGUUCUUAUAGUCAAGCCCUUCAGAUGUGCCCAUCCUGCUUCCAGAAAGAUAGGUCUAUUCUGUUUUCAAACAGAGCUGCUGCAAGGAUGAAACAGGACAAGAAAGAGAUGGCCAUCAGUGACUGCAGCAAAGCAAUUCAGUUAAACCCCAGCUAUAUCAGGGCAAUAUUGAGGAGAGCGGAGUUGUAUGAGAAAACUGACAAGCUAGAUGAAGCCCUGGAAGAUUAUAAAUCCAUAUUAGAAAAAGAUCCAUCGGUAUAUCAAGCAAGAGAAGCUUGUAUGAGAUUACCUAAGCAAAUUGAAGAGCGUAAUGAAAGGCUGAAGGAAGAGAUGUUAGGUAAGCUAAAAGAUCUUGGGAACUUGGUUCUCCGACCUUUUGGACUCUCCACGGACAAUUUCCAGGUCAAACAGGAUUCCUCUACUGGCUCCUACUCGAUCAAUUUUGUUCAAAAUCAAAACAAUAACAGAUAACAAAGAUAAUGAGAGGUUUUAAAGCUGGCUUGGAAAUAGUGUGCUACUGCUGUUAGCAAGGGGAAAGGCCAUGCCAGUGUUUAACUGAUAAAAGCAUCUUAUCUCAGACAGACUAUCCAAUCGAGCCCAGUGUGCACAUCUCCCUCUUGUUUUAUGAUCAGGGUGAAACACACUUCCUGAUGAAAUAAGCCUAAUUUGAGUUCCACUUUAGGGUGGUUCUGUAGAGCUGUUGCCCUGGGUCUGGCCGUCCUUUGUUUUGUCCAGGAGGAAGCCUGUGCGCCCAGGCUGGCCUCCCCCAGCUACACAAACACGCAAGCCAAGCCAGAGGCGCUCCUGGACUGAGCAAACCUGCAAAACUGAGCAAAGACUACCCAGGCCUGACUGGCGGGCUUCCUGCCUGCUGUGCCCCCUCUGAGCACGUGCAUGGCCCCGGCUGCCAUGUGUGGGCUCCAGUGUCUCCUGACUUCCUCUGUGGUAAUAAAUGCUUUCUGUGACAUUCUGA